AUGGCGACCUCGGAAGCGCCGUUCAUGUCUCUCCGAGAGGGAGAUGGAAAGAUCACGCGCAAGAUCACCGCUUGUGUCGCAUGCCGCAAGCAGAAGAUCAAGUGCUCAAUGAAAGAGGGCCAGACACAGUGUGCCCGCUGCAAGAAGCGAGGUCUGAGUUGUACUGUCAACAAGAGCCUUCAAAUGAUUCUUCAAUCCGACGUUGAGUGGAAACAGCACAUGGAGCGCAAACUACUUUCCGUGGAGCAUGCGCUUGMGAAGGCUGGCAUCGAGCUUGUCGACGAAGAUGACAUGGAUGAAGACGAAAGUCCUGAACAGUACGGAUCGACGCCCGCAAAUGCGCAGAGUGCUCAAGCAUCGGCCACGCAGCCGGAGAAGCAAGCGUACGAGAUUGUCAUGGAUUCGGACAGUGGACCAGCUGCGAUUCCUGGCUCGGUCGUGUCCAGCAUAGCCUUCCCCGGCCUGGAGACCAGCCGCGCUCAGCAAGACCUCAUCAGUCGAGGUAUUCUCACCGCCCUACAGGCGCAGCGCUAUCUUGACAUCUAUCAAAACCGCCUUGAUCACUUCUUGUAUCGCAUCAUUGGGGAUCGGAAGAACUUGGAAGAAGUUCGAGUAGCCUCUCCGAUUCUGUUGGCGGCCAUUUGUACAGUGGGAUCCCUCCACCUCAAUACGCCCGACUUUGAAAGACUUUACCAGGAAUUUGUUUCAAUCGCGGCCGCCCAGACCUUUUCUCGGCGGAACACUGUGGAGGAUAUCAGAGGUCUCUGCGUAGCUGCAUUCUGGCUGAGCGAUGUUUCGUGGAGUUGCAUCGGCAUGGCAGUACGUAUUGCUACAGAGAUUCAGCUGCACAGGUCCAUUUUCAGAGCGCUGGACGGUGACAGAAACCACUACCUUCGUACGCGUCUAUGGUACCUCGUGUUCGUAUGCKACCACCAGUUCAGCGUAGCUUAUGGCAGGCCACCGAUGACGCGACAAUGUGACGAUGCUAUCCGAGCUUCGAUGACAUUUCUCGAUACCGAGCACGCGGUGGAGGAUGAUGCCCGAUUGAUAUCGCAAGUUCAAUUUUGGACGACGGGUGCCGAGAUCUACGAGACGUUCGGGGUCGAUGUUGACAGACCUCUUUCUCCGAUGAUGAUCGGGAGACUCGGGAGACUCAGCGAUGACCUUGAUCGAGUGAGAGACACUUGGUAUGGGCGCUUCAAGGAAAACCGUUACGUCGGCAAUUAUCCUCGCAAAGGAGUCCAGCUUCACUGCCACUUCGCAAAAUUGUACUUACAUUCGAUGGCGUUUCGCGGCAUCGGCCAGCCAUCGUUCAAAUCCGCAGAUGUCGCAUCAGACAUCAACGCCCUCGCCGAAACAUCCCUCUACUCGGCAUCAGCAAUCUUACACGCAAUCGUCGACGACGAAGAGAUACAAGGCCACUUGAACGGCUUGCCAAUGUACUUCGACGUCAUGAUCGCGUUCGCAGUGGUUUUCGUCCUGAAGGUCUCGACCAAAUAUGCCAGCUCAGUGCCAAUCGAUACAAGCCAUAUUCCUGCUCUUGUUGAGAGUACCGUCCAGGUUCUUCAACGUGUAACCGCCAACAUGCAUCCGCGGCAUCUCCUGGUGUCCGUGGCAAGAGGAGCCCAAACUCUGUUCAACAAAACCUGCCCAACACGAUCUCACGGUGGUGCAGUUCCGGCAAAUGCACAUGUAACGAUGAGCCAACCGACAUUCGACGAAAGCCUCUACGACAUGGGAGCUGACUGGAACAAUUCGAUCUUCGACAACUUCUAUAUGGGCGAAUAUGAUUUCUUGUCAAACCAGACCAUGAUGAACAAUUUUCAGCCUGAUUUGAACUACGCAGUGCCGCAGAUGUUGGCUGCGGAGGACUGA